ACAUUUGCAACGAAGUGUUGCCCUGGGGCCCGAUCAUUUAGAACUCAACGAUGUACGGACAUAGGGAGCCUUUCAAAUAACAAUGAAUACGACAGCAGUACAAAACCAAAACACCACCUACGACAACUUCAGUUCUUAUUCACUCCUAAACAACGAUACUUCCAACAUUAAUGGAACACUUAUUCCGUAUAGUGAGAGACCAGAGACCUACAUUAUCCCUGUUCUUUUCUUCUUGAUAUUUGUUUUGGGAGUGUUAGGAAAUGGCACUCUUGUUAUUAUAUUUCUACGGCAUAAAAACAUGAGAAAUGUUCCCAAUACAUACAUUCUAUCUUUGGCACUGGCUGAUCUUCUGGUUAUUCUCACCAGCGUUCCUUUCACUUCCGUUGUGUAUACUAUGGAAUCGUGGCCUUGGGGGGAGUUGAUCUGUAAGAGUUCGGAAACAGCGAAAGACAUCUCCAUAGGCGUGUCGGUAUUCACACUGACAGCUUUGUCCGCAGAUCGAUUCUUUGCCAUAGUGGAUCCUCUCAAAAAAUUCCACACCUCAGGUGGAGGUAGGAGAGCUACCCGAGUUACAAUCUGCACCGCAGUAUUUAUAUGGAUCCUUGCCAUUUGCUGUGCCGCCCCGGCUGCGUUUGGGUCGCAUAUAAAAGGCAUCCCGGAAAACAAUCCGCAGUUUUUUGUAUGUUAUCCAUUUCCCACGCACUGGAUGGGGGAUAGAUAUGCACAAGUGAUGGUCCUGAGCAAAUUUUUGAUACUCUAUGUGGUACCACUAGUUAUCAUAACAAUAUUUUAUCUCAGCAUGGCUAUUUUUCUGUUCUCGAGUACAAAGAAUGUUCCAGGAGAGCUACAGGGCAUGCAGAGGCAGAUACAAGCAAGAAAGAAGGUCGCAAUUACAGUUCUGGUUUUCGUAGCAGUUUUUGCGUUUUGUUUUGCUCCCUUACAUACGUUCAUGAUGUUUUUUUAUUUCCACCCAAACGCUCAAGAGUCGUACAAUGCCUUCUGGCAUUACUUGAGGAUAGUUGGCUUCUGUUUAUGCUACAUCAACUCUUGUGCUAAUCCAGUGGCGCUUUACUUCGUCAGUGGCACUUUCAGAAAAUAUUUCAAGAGGUAUUUAUUCUGCAGAAAGCAAAAGAGAUACUUCUCAAGCAAUUACAGGAACCAACAAACAACAUCCAUGUCCUUAGUAUCUAUGAAACGAAAUCAGUCAAUGCCGAUCAGAAGAGGACGACCUGUCUCAAAAGUCAAGCGAACAAACCCAAAUUGUGCUGAAACUUCAGUCACGUUGCUGCUGGGGGCACGUGAAAAUGUCUGCACUGAACUUUCAUAUCACUGGAGACGAAAUAAUGUUGAAAAUGACGGAUGUGGUCUUGAGAACUGACACAUGUAGUCUACGUGUAUUCAAUAAAUUAGGCGAUUUGUUA